AUGUCGAAAAAUAAGGAAAAAUUCCCAAGUUCUCCUAACACAUUGCACAAUUACUUUGCAAAAUCCCCUGCAAGUACGAAGAAACCGGUAAACCCAUCAACUCCGACGAGUGCUCUUGCCGCGGACCGUUCUUCAUCAAUCAAUCAAGCCAAUGGAACUCCGAAAAGCUCAAAAGCCUUUGUUAAAAAGGAAACUGAAUCAGCCGGCAAGGAAAAACGGCCUGUUGCGAAAAAACAGACGGCGAAUGAUGAUGAUGGAGAAGAGAUUGUCUCGAAAAAGAAGCGUCGUCGUAUCCUGAUGCUGGACGAUACGUCGGAUAACGAGGAAGCCGAUGGUGGUCUGAAUAACGAGAAUAAACCCCACAAUAAUAACAACCAAGAGGAACCGGAUCAAAGUGGUACGAAAAAGUUCGCUUUGCUUUCUUCAUUUGAGCGACCAAAUGAAAUGGCCGAAAGCGAUCCUGGAAAGGAGCCAACCACACACGAAUCGGAUGAUGGUCCAGUGCAGAAAAAGAUCAAGUUGGAAGCGGUCCACGAACCGAGUGAAGAGCCGGGUGGUGCUUUGGACGAACCGACCGUUUGGACCCAUCAAAAGCUGGACUUUUUAAAACCGAACAAAAUAAAAGACAUUCACGGUAAUAAGCCCGGUAGUGAUAAAUACGACAGCAGAACACUGUACGUGCCAGACCAGUAUCUUACUACAUUGACACCGGCCAUGCGACAGUGGUGGAUACUGAAGAGCAAGAACUUUGACUGUGUGCUGUUCUUCAAGGUGGGCAAGUUUUACGAAUUGUACCACAUGGACGCUGAGGUCGGUGUCACGGAGCUAGGGUUCAGCUACAUGAAGGGUGAAUUCGCACAUUCCGGGUUUCCUGAGGCGGCGUACGACCGUAUGUCGACCACGCUUGUCGAGAAAGGGUUCAAGGUGGCUCGGGUCGAACAAACGGAAACCCCCGAUAUGAUGCAGGAGCGAUGCAAAACCGAGCGCACCAACAGCAAGUUCGACAAGGUCGUCCGGCGAGAGAUUUGCCAAAUCACUCUGAUGGGUACGGAGGUGUUUGGGCAACAGGUAAACAUCACUGCCAAUCAUCAGCCGCGCUACAUGCUGGCCAUUACGGAAACUUUCCGUCAAGGAACGGGCAGUCGCUACGGAGUUUGUUUUAUCGACACAUCGAUCGGGCUGUUCCAUCUCGGGGAGUUUGACGACGAUAACCAACAAUCCAGACUGCUCACGUUUCUGUCCCACUAUCCACCGGUUCUGAUACUCCACGAGCGUGCCGGAUCUGGCAAUAUGUCCGAGGGAACGCAGCGUAUUUUGAGAACAUUGCUUGCUAACGUGAAGCGCGAAGCCCUCACUAACGGAAGCCAGUUUUGGUCGGGCGAAACAACGCUGAAGUAUCUUGCGGAAACGAUCUACGGAGGAUCGAUGAGCGAAGAGUCCAAAUGGCCACCGGCAUUACGCACCAUGUUGGACGACGCGGAUAGUUUGGGGCUAACGCCAAAAGAAUCUCACCAGCUUGCAUUGAAGGCCCUUGGCGGAUGUGUUUGGUACCUACAGCGAUGUCUUCUCGACCAGCAAGUACUUUCACUGGCCACGUUCGAAGAGUACGUUCCAUUUGAUGAAAACAAGGAAGCAGUGAGCGUAAAGAUUGAACAGCGUCUAGGGGCAGCGCAAGCAAAACGCUUUAUGGUGCUUGAUUCUAUUACACUGAACAAUCUGAAGAUCGUUGGAUCGGAAGGUUCGCUAGCGGAACGAAUGGAUCACUGUUGUACCAAGUUUGGAAAGCGAUUGCUUCACAGCUGGGUAUGUGCACCGAGCUGCGUUAAAGAGGAGAUUCUGCAGCGCCAAGAAGCCGUCAGUGAGCUGAUCGAGAAUGUGGAUUUGCUGCAGGAUGUCCGGCAGAUUCUCGGACAACUGCCGGACAUGGAACGGCAUUUGGCACAGAUCCAUGGAUUCGGACUUGCUCUAAACAAUCACCCAGCCAAGCGGGCCAUCCUGUACGAGGAACACGUGUAUGGCAAAAAGAAAAUGCGCGACUUUAUCGCAACCCUGAAAGGAUUCCAAUCUCUGCUAGCACUACCUCGGCUCUUCGCCAGCAUUUCCUCGAAGCUACUCGUACGCUUAACGCAAAAAGCUGCCUCCAACCCAUCAGGAGUGUUUCCGUCAAUGGAAAAGCAGAUCGAAUUCUUCGAAAAUUCAUUCGAUCACGAAAAUGCACUCAAGAGUGGCAGUAUCGUGCCGGAGAAAGGGCUCGAUGCGGAAUACGAUGCAAUCGAGCAGGAGAUCAAAGAUUUGAACGACGAGCUUGAAGAGUAUCUCGUGAGCCAAGGUAAAUUCUUUGGCUGCACCGUAAAGUACUUCGGUAACGAUAAGAAACGGUUCCAGCUGGAGGUGCCGGAAGCGCGAGCAAAGAAAGCAACCAGCGACUACACGCUGGAGGGUACCAAGUCGGGCAAGAAUGCGGCCAAACGGUUUCACACCGAGGAAACGCGUCACUUCCUGAAGCAAAUGAUGCAACUUGAGGAUCGCAGAAAGACGGUUCUGAAAGAUUUGGCACGCAGAAUCUUUGAGCGAUUUUCAAGCGAUUAUGACAUGUGGAAGGGAUGCAUCGAUCUAGUGGCCACGCUCGAUGUGCUUACGUCGCUGGCCGAGUAUGCACGCUCGGAAGGGCUUAUGUGUGUGCCGGAACUGCUCGAUAAGGAUGAACCGGCAAACGGAAGCAAAUCAUUCAUCGAGAUUGAGGAAGGCAUCCAUCCCUGUCUGACCAGUGAUGCGGCGGAGAAUUUCAUUCCGAACGGAAUAGCGAUGGGUGGUGAAGGUGCAGCCAAUCUGGUGCUGCUUACCGGUCCGAACAUGGGCGGUAAAAGUACGCUUAUGCGGCAGGUGGGUUUGUUGGCCGUGAUGGCCCAAAUCGGGUCACGAAUACCGGCCCAAAGCUGCCGUAUGACGCUUAUCGAUCGAAUUUUCACGCGACUCGGUGCUAGCGAUGACAUUAUGGCGGGGCACAGCACGUUCCUGGUGGAAUUGAAUGAAACAUCCGCUAUCCUGAAACAUGCCACCUGCGACAGUCUGGUGCUGUUGGAUGAGUUGGGCCGUGGAACGGCCACGUACGAUGGAACGGCAGUCGCCGGUGCCGUAGUACACUUUCUGGCCGAUUUAAAGUGUCGCACCAUGUUCUCGACACAUUAUCACAACCUUGUGGACAGUUUCCACGAAGAUCCACGAAUUGCGCUGGGCCACAUGGCUUGUAUGGUGGAAAACGAAGAAGGUGAUGAUCCUACCGAGGAGACGGUCACUUUUCUGUAUCGGUACACCGAAGGAGCAUGCCCAAAAUCGUACGGAUUUAAUGCAGCCAAGCUAGCGGGAAUGCCGGCGCCCAUCAUUAAGCGAGCAUAUGAGCUCUCUAAAACGGUCGAAUCGGAGGCUCUUAAGCGUAAGAUACUGAUAAAGCUACUUAAAAGUGCACCUCAAAACGAGAUCAAAGACCUCGUGGUGAAGUUUAAAUCCUGCCAAUUUUAA